AUGUCUUCCCCGAGAGCAUCAACAGCAGCAGUAAAUACAAAUUUGGGUUUAUUAUGGAGAGCCAUGAUUGUUGGCCUCUGUUUAAUGGUUUUCUCCGUACUUUUCGUAUCGGCCGAUGAUAACUCAGCAGAAGUGAACAUUCCUCCCUAUAAAGAGUAUCAUGUGGAUUUGGAAUUUUUGCAACCGAGUCAAAGUUCUUGCACGACCUAUGUGUUUCCAGGAGUUUCCUAUUGCAAUUUUAUCUUUAAUCAAUAUAUUACUGUAGAUAUGCCUCCAAUGAAUCCAUCCGAUAAGCAAGGUUCCGAUGGAGUUCAAGUUUUCAUUACACCAAAACUUCCAGUAUCAUCAAUUCCAUCCUACAAGUAUCUCUCUCCAAAGCAUAUUAAUUAUCACAAUGGCACUCAGGUGGAAGAUAUUUUCGAUGUGGAACCAGAAAUUAUUACCUAUGAUAAUUCUGUUUAUCCUCCUGUCAAACUUUCACAGCUCAAGUUUAACUAUUACAGGAAUUAUACAAAUCCACAACGAUUUGAAAUUUCAAUUCAAGUUAUGGGAAUGAUCAAGUAUUUGACAAAUAGUACUGUGAGAGAUUCUGGAAAUCGUACAGAAAUUAAUACUCUUGAAUUUCCACUUGUCACUAAUUACACUGUCCCAUUUGUUAACGAGAGCGGUGUUGUGGCGUCUGUUCAUUUCCCUUAUCAGGGACUUAAAAGUUCAGGAAUUAAUAUCGUUUCACCAUCCAAGUAUAACAUUUUUGCAAUUAAUGGAACUCUGAUUUAUCACUUCUCUCAAUCAGCAGAAGAAAUUGUGACAGAGGGUGCCAUGUCACCAUUCAGUGUGAGGUUUUUAUCACAAUAUCCAAAAUGUGAUGUCAUGUUGACACCUACAAUUGCCAUGUGGGCCACAACAGGAACCAUUUCAGUCUUGACACUACUUGUGGUUUCUGUGAAAGGAGUGAUUCAAAUAUUCCAAACAAAGAGUAGACGAGAUGGGUACAAUCCUCAGUCAGAUUAA